AUGUCAAAAGGCCGCGUUUGUCUUGCCUACUCUGGAGGUCUCGGUACCUCUACGAUCCUAAAAUGGCUUAUACUUGAGGGCUAUGAGGUUGUGUGUUUCCUCGCCGAUGUUGGCCGAGUUGAGGGCUUUGAUGCGGUUGAGAAAAGGCUCUCGAUCUCGGUGCUGAGCUGCAACGCCAUCUACGAGGACCGGUAUCUUCUCGGAACUGCCCUUGCUCGACCCGUCAUCGCUCGUGCCCAGGUCCGCGUUGCAGAGAAGUAUAGCUGUAAUCUGCUGAGUCAUGGCUGCACCGGUAAAGGAAACGAGUAUGCGCACCAAGUUCAUUUCGAGCUCGCCUUCAAGGCCCGCAGCCCUUCGACCAAGAUCAUUGCCCCAUGGCGACUACCCGAAUUCUGCGAGAAGUUCCAGGGACGACAGGAUCUUCUCAAUCAGGAUGAGAACCUCGUUCACUGCUCGUACGAGGCUGGCAUCCUUGAUGGUCCUGACCACACUCCAUCCAAGGACCUUUGGACCCAAACAGUCGACCCUCUUGAGGCUCCUGACAAGCCUUUCGAUUUUACUGUCCACUUCGAAAAGGGUCUGCCUAUCAAAGCUGCCACCCCUGACCAGGAGGCUACAGACUCAGUAGAGCUCUUUAAGCUGCUCAACAAGAUUGGCCAUGAUCACGGCGUUGGCCGAAUCGACAUUGUCGAGAAUCGAUGGAUCGGACUCAAGAGCCGUGGUUGCUACGAUACCCCUGGCUUGACCAUUGCUCGUCUCGCUCACGUUGAUCUCGAGGGUCUUGUCCUUGAUUCCAAGGUCCGCAAGCUUCGAGAUCAAUUUGUGACGGUCGAGUGGUCUCAGUGCCUAUACAACGGCAUGUACUUCUCUCCCGAGCGUGAAUGGCUCGAUGAAGCCAUCGUCUCUGCUCAGAAGGGCAUCAAUGGCCAGGUUCGUCUCCGAAUAUACAAGGGCAACGUCUACGUUCUUGGACGAUCGAGUGAGACUAGUUGCCUCUACUCGCAGGAGGAUGCUUCCAUGGACAGUCUCGACACCUUCUCUCCUAUGGACAGCACUGGUUUCAUCGCUAUCCAGUCCAUUCGAUUGGAGAAGUAUGAUGCCCAAAAAGCCAAGGACGGCCAGCCGCUCAGCCAGUCUUAG